AUAGACUCCAAGCACAGGGACACUCUGCUUGUCACCAAGCCUGGCCACUUCUUUUAAUGAGUCCCAGGAUCAUGAAGGUCUUAGUAAUAUUCCUGCUCACCAUCUUGGACUGGACAUGUGUGGAAGGGAAAGAGAGAACAUACUACAUUGCAAUCAGAGAAGUAAACUGGGAUUAUGCCCCCAGUGGGAUGAAUAUCAUUUCUGGAAAAUCAAUUGCUGAUGAUGAUCAUGCCAGCACCUUUUUACAAUCUGGCGCCAAUAGAAUAGGAAGAGUCUACAAAAAAGCUGUCUACUUGCAAUACACAAAUGACUUAUACACAGAAGAAAUCAAGAAACCAGACUGGCUGGGAUUUGUGGGACCAAUUAUAACGGCUGAAGUUGGUGACAACAUUACUAUUCAUCUGAAAAAUUUUGCAUCCAGGUCUUACACCAUGCAUCCACAUGGAGUGCAAUACACAAAGGAAAAUGAAGGAGCAUUAUAUCCAGAUAAUACCCCUGAGGCACAGAAAAAAGAUGAUGCUGUAAAGCCCGGUGAAUCAUAUACCUACACAUGGGAUGCUGUUGAAGAUCAAGGUCCAUCUGCAAGAAAUGAAGAAUGUGUGACCAGGAUUUAUCACUCUCAUAUUGAUGGUCCAAGAGAUGUCUAUUCUGGUCUUGUUGGGCCCUUAAUUAUUUGCAAACAAGGUAAAAUUGAAGAAGCUGAGAAGAAACAGCAGAAGGAGUUCAUCCUAAUGUUUUCUGUAAUAGAUGAAAAUCUUAGUUGGUAUCUGGAUGAAAAUAUCAAUACUUACAUCACUGAUCCUGGCUCUGUUAAUAAAGAAGAUGAAGACUUUCAAGAAAGCAAUAAAAUGCAUUCUAUCAAUGGCUACAUGUAUGGCAACCUCCCAGGCCUCACCAUGUGUGACAACACAGAGGUCAAAUGGUAUAUGUUUGGUAUGGGGAAUGAAGUAGAUAUUCAUUCAGUGUACUUCCAUGGUCAGGUGUUAACAUAUCAGCAUUAUCGUGUGGAUACUAUUAAUCUCUUCCCUGCAACAAUGAUCCAAAGCACAAUGUCACCUAACAAGCCUGGAAAAUGGCUCCUCAGCUGUCAAGUUAAUGACCACUUAGAAGGCGGUAUGCAGGCAAUUUAUGAGGUUAAGAACUGCACCAAAAAUUCCAAGAGUCGAUGUAGAUCUCAUUCAAAAAUAAGGCAUUAUUAUAUUGCUGCUGAAGAAAUAAUCUGGAACUAUGGUCCAACAUCUGUCAAUAAAUUCACUGGGCAAAAGUUAGAUAAUCCUGAAAGUGAUUCAGCGACAUUUUUUGAGCAAAGUGAAAAUAGAAUUGGCGGCAAAUAUAAGAAGGCAGUUUAUGUGGAAUACACAGAUUCAACUUUCACAAAGAAGAAGGAAAGAUCCCAGGAAGAAGAACAUCUUGGAAUACUAGGGCCAGUAAUUUUGGCAGAAGUAGGAGAUAUCAUCCAGAUCACAUUUAAAAACAAUGCAAACCGUCCAUACAGCAUCCAAGCUCACGGGGUGAGCUAUUCAAAAGACUUGGAAGGAGCUCUGUACAACACGGGUGAUAAUACCGAAGCAAUUAAUCCAAAUAUAGGGUCACAAGCCUCCCAUGUGGCCCCUGGAGACACAUUCACAUAUGAGUGGGAUGUACCGCAAAGUGUGGGGUCAACUAUGUAUGACUUGAACUGCUUACCAUGGCUGUACUACUCAUCAGUUGAUGUUCCGAGGGACACAAAUUCUGGACUGGUGGGUCCCUUGUUGGUGUGUAAGACUUUAGUUAAUGACAAACAGAGAGGAGUCGCUCAUAAUUACUUCAUGAUGCCUUAUGUAUUUGAUGAGAAUAAAAGUUGGUAUCUGGAAGAGAACAUUGAGCUUUUCACAAGCAGCCCCAAUACUGUGGACCAGGAAGAUCCAGAUUUUCAGGAAUCCAAUAUGAUGCACUCAAUCAAUGGAUACAUGUAUGGAAAUCAGCCGGGGCUAGACAUGUGUAAAGGAGACUCGAUUCGUUGGCAUAUGCUGGGACUAGGCUCAGAGGUCGACGUGCAUGGAGUACACUUUUUUGGAAAUACCAUUCUCAUCCGUGAUACCACAAGGGAUGUAGCCAGUUUAUUCCCACACAUCUCUUACUCAGUAAUAAUGACUCCUGACAAUGAAGGUGUUUUUCAUAUUGGAUGUAUGACUUCAGACCAUUUCACAAGCGGAAUGAGACAGACCUACAGCGUUAAGUCAUGUGGCAAAAGGGAACCUCUGAUAGAGUUUUUCCAUACACAAACAUAUUACAUUGCAGCAGAAGAGGUUGAAUGGGACUAUUCUCCAAGUCGGACCUGGGAACAUGAGAGGCAUUCACUCCAUGAAGAAAGCCCAGGAGAUGUCUUUUUAAAUAAAACUCAAACUUCAAUUGGUUCAAAAUAUAAAAAAGCUGUAUACCGGGAAUAUACAGACCAAACUUUUACAGUACAAAAGGAAAGAACAGGAAACGAAGAGCAUUUGGGUAUUCUAGGUCCACUAAUAUUUGCACACGUUGGUGAUAAAAUUAAGAUUAUAUUUAAAAACAAGGCAAGUAGACCAUAUUCAAUCUAUGCACAUGGUGUUAAACUGGAAAAUAUUGAUGUGAAGGCAACAGAACCUGGAAAAAUUACAACGUACAUAUGGAAAAUCCCUAAAAGGUCUGGACCCAAUAGAGAUGAAAAUUGUCUGACCUGGGCUUAUUACUCAGCAGUUGAUCCAAUAAAGGACGCUUUCAGUGGAUUGGUUGGGCCGCUUGUGAUUUGCAAGAAAUUCUUCCUUCCAAUUAGCUUGUACAAGAAAACAAUCUUGCGAUUUGCUCUUCUUUUUAUGGUGUUUGAUGAAAAUGAAUCCUGGUAUCUAGAAGAAAAUAUUAAAACAUAUUCUCUGCAUCCAGAGGAAGUGAAGAAAGACGAUGAAGACUUUAUUGAAAGCAACAAGAUGCAUGGUAUUAAUGGUAAACUGUAUGGAAACUUACAUGGCCUUACUAUGCACGUUGGUGACCACGUAAACUGGCACCUUAUUGGCCUUGGGAAUGAAGUGGAUAUACACACAGUGCAUUUUCAUGCACACAGCUUUAAAUACGUGCAGAGUGAUGUUUAUAAAUCAGAUGUAUUCGAUCUUUUCCCGGGAACAUUUCAGACAGUUGAUAUGAUUGCAAAGAACCCAGGAACAUGGCUGCUUCAUUGUCAUGUGACUGACCACAUACAUGGUGGAAUGGAGGCUGUGUACACAGUAUUGGAAAAACAAGAUACUUUACUUCAUAAACUUAUUAAUCGACUUCGUGGAGCCUCUACGCUUGCAAAAAAGGACACAGCUUGAGCAAAUUUGAAGGACAAAUAUAUAAUCGUCAUAUCAAAUAUUGCUAGUUGUGAAAAAACACAUUAAAAGUCAUCUUUCAUAAUUCUCAGA